AUGCACAGCUCCCACAGCCUCCUGCUGCUCCUGCUGCCGCUGCUGCUGCUGGCCACCACAGGCCCCGCAGGAGCCCUCACGGAAGAGGAGAAACAUUUGUUGGUGGAGGCACACAACUUCUAUCGUUCCCAGACCAACCCACAGGCCGCGAACAUGUUGAGGAUGUUGUGGGACGAGGAACUGGCCAUCUUUGCCAAGGCCUACGCUGAACAUUGUGUGUGGGCCCACAACCCUCAUCGCGGGCGGCGCGGCGAGAACCUGUUCGCCAUCACGGGUGACAGCAUGGACGUGCAGAUGGCUGUGGCAGAGUGGCACCGGGAGCGUGAUUACUACAACUUCACCACAGGUGCCUGCCAACCUCGACAGAUGUGCGGCCACUACACACAGGUGGUCUGGGCCAAGUCAGAGAGGGUUGGCUGUGACUCCCACUUGUGUGCUAAGCUCCAGAACGUUGACGAUUCCAAUGUCCACUUUCUGGUUUGCAACUAUGUGCCCCCGGGGAACGUGAUUGGGCAGAAGCUCUACGAGGUAGGGCCACCGUGCUCCGCCUGCCCCAAGGGCUACCACUGUGAGCAGUCUCUCUGUGAACCCAUCAGAGGUCCAGAAGAGCCUCAGGAUUUGCCUUCCCUGGUGACUGAGGCCCAGACCUCCCUGGCAACUGAAGCCUCAGGGUCUAGUAAAACCGAUGCCCCUUCUUCCCUAGCAGGCGAGGCUCCAUCCUUCUUGGUAACAGAGGACCCAUCUUCCCUGGCAACCAAGGCUUUGCCUACUGUAAAAACAGAGGCCCCAUCUACCUUAGCAACGAAAGAUACCCCCUCUAUGACAACAGAGGCCCCACCUUCCUUAACAAGUGAGGCCUCUUCCUUUUUGGCAACUCACAGCCUGCUCCCCUUGGAUGAGAGGCCAGUUACCUUCCCCAAAUCCACCCAUACUCCCCUCCCCAAAUCUACAGAUAAAGUGGCCAGUAGGACAAGUGCUCCCUCCAUGAGUUCAGAGAAAUCUCUGCACCCCAAGAUGUACCUGACAGGGACACAGCAGCCCCUACCCCAUGCCCAGGAGAAGGCUGAGGAAAAGGGCCCGCAUGAGUUGCCUCCACCAGAUGAGGUCCUGGCCUCAGUUUUCCCAGCUCAAGAUGAGCCAGAUGAGCUGCAGGCCACACUUGUCCACAUGGGGAACACCUCCUCCACGUCCCUGCCCAACUCCCCCAACACCUCUGCCAAUGCUAAUGCUAUAGAUGGGCACACCCUAGCCCUGCAGUCAUCCUUGCCAGGUGCAGAUCUCCCUGAAGGGCCUCCAAAACCCUCAAAGCUUAACUCAGCCCCUGGUUGUGUCUGGAACCCCCUCCUGGGACUGCUGCUACUGCUUCCCCUGGUGUGGGCUGGAAUCUUCUGA